GGCCGCGGAGCCCCCCACCGCAGCGUGCGCUCGCACGGGGCCCCAGGCGGCCCCAGGGCACAGCCAGGCACUGCCCGGGAGAGGAGCCGCUGGCCUGGGCACCCAUGGAGCAGGGCGUGAAGUGGGCCACAGAGCUGGUUGACCAGAAGCUGGAGGAGCAGGAGGGGCGCAAGAGCCAGACCCCCGAGAUGCCGCCGGCGGUGGCGAGAAUGGACACGCCAGAGCUGGAGGAUGAGAAGCGCCGCGGCCCCGUUCACUGGGGCAUCGAGGGGCUCAAGGGCCAGGGGCGGGAGCGGAAGAGCUCGCUGGACCUGCGCCGGGAGAUCAUCCACGUGGGCGGCAUCCAGUACCUCUUCGAGCUGCGCAAGACGCGCCGGAAGCGCAGGGUGGAGAAGGCGGCGCCGGAGCCCAAGCCGGAGCCCGAGGAGAUUGUGGGCCCUGUGGAGGAGGAGACGUUCCUGAGGGCAGCUGUGCAGGGCAAGAUCCGUGUCAUUGAGACGUUCCUGGGGGACGGGGGCUCCCCUGACACCUGUGACGAGUUCCACCGGACGGCCUUGCACCGCGCCUCGCUGGAAGGGCACAUGGAGAUCCUGGAGAGGCUGCUGGACCACGGUGCCACCGUGGACUUCCGAGACCGGCUGGACUGCACGGCCGUGCACUGGGCCUGCCGGGGGGGGCACCUGGACGCCGUGAAGCUUCUGCAGGACCGGGGCGCUGACCUCAACCUGAAAGAUAAGCUCAUGAGCACCCCCCUGCAUGUGGCGACCCGCACUGGGCGGACCGAUAUCGUGGAGCAUCUGAUAAACACAGGGGUGGAUGUCAACUCCCGGGACAGGGAGGGGGACAGCGCGCUGCAUGACGCCGUGCGGCUCAACCGCUACGAGAUCAUUAAGAUGCUGAUCCUGUGCGGGGCGGACAUGAUGGCCCAGAACCUGGCAGGAAAGACCCCCACGGAUCUGGUGCAGCUCUGGCAGGCAGACACCCGGCAGGCACUGGAGACACAGGAGCCUGGCGAGACGGAGGCCUCGGCGUGAGGGGUGGGCGGAAGGGCGCUGGGCUGGGGAUGGGAACGUGGCCCAUUGCACGACUCCCAGCUGUGUGAAUCUCGGAAUAAAACCCAGUGAACGAGAGUCAGUAACCGGAGUGAGCAUGGGGCCCGUGGGCUGCAGGGGCAGGUGUUACCUGGCUGGUUCUGUGUCGUCCCUCGGGGGUGGGGAGGGCGGUGCCCGGCUGGGCCCGAGUCGUCCCUUGAGGGGAGGGAUGCUGGGCAGGGCUGCACCAUUUUCUGUCUGGAUUCUUUUUCCUUGUGUUAAUCCCAUCCGAAGGGGGCAGCCCUAUGCAUCCUGCCCCCCCCAGUGCUCUUUUCAGUGCCAGAUCCUCCGUUGCUGUGACAUGCCAGGCACAAUCCAGACCAGUGAGUAGCUGGGUCACCCCAACCCUCUAACUUGGGGGGCCCUUUGCACAAACAGCCCCAGCCUGCAAGUCACCCGCAGCCACGUCUGUGUGUGCUGCGGCCGGCCAGCCAGCCGUCCUUUGGCUCCUGCCAGCCUUGGUUAUACUGCUGGGUGACCCCCAGCACACCCCCAGUUGUAGCUUUCCCCCUGGAAGCAUAUGUCCUGGACUGCCUAGCCCUCUGCUGGCCAAUGCAGGUCCAUUACUUAACUUGCCACCCCAGAUGGAGGUUCCCAGACACUCCAAUUUAAACACGCAGGAUUCGGUAAAACAAGAGUGAGCUGUUA